UGCGCGCCUCUCUGCCAUCAGAGGGCGGGUUUGUGUCGUUGUGUGCGCAGCGUGCGGCUGCUGCUGCGGCUUCUAGUGAGAGAAGUGGCAGGUACCCCCCAAAAAUACCUCCCAGCAAAGAUCCAGCGGCUCGGAUGUGACUUUAACAGCUGACCAACCUGUAAUAAACUCCGAUAUAUGUGAAUUUGGCGGCUUGUUUCGCCCCUUUACCAGCUGUUUUAAAUGAACGCUGAGCUCGGAAACAAUAGGACGGACUUAAAAGUACGCAGAAUUGGCUCAAGUAAAGAUGCCUGAGCGGGUUCCGUCGUCGCGAUGGGGCUUGAAUUGAGGAACACGCAUCCCGAAAGAAGAAGUCGCUGAAGUUGAAGACGCGCUCCUUUUGACCGCUGGGAUGUUGUGAACGACGCGUCGUUUGGGACAGAAGGAGCCAAGAAAAAAAAAAAAAAAAAAAAAAAAAAAGGAAAAAGGGGGAACCAUUCAGGGUUGGAGCAGCACCCGGAGGGAUUAUGGCUCUCGUAACGUUUUCUCUCAGCCUCGUCACCCUGGUGCUUACAAACUUGCACCUUUCGAGAGCCAGCAGCCGUCAUGCGGUGUAUUGGAACAGCUCGAACCUGCAGCUUCGGAGAGAGGGAUACACCGUGCAAGUCAGCGUCAACGACUACCUGGACAUCUACUGCCCGCACUACAACACCAGCCAGCGUGGAACCCUGGAGCGCGUGGUGGCCGAGCAGUACAUCCUCUACAUGGUGAACUACCGGGGCUACUACACCUGCAACCCCCAGAUGGGUGUCAAACGCUGGGAGUGCAACCGGCCCCAUGCACCGCAUACGCCCAUCAAGUUCUCUGAGAAGUUCCAGCGAUACAGCGCCUUCUCGCUGGGCUACGAGUUCACCGUGGGCCAGGAGUACUACUACAUCUCCACACCCAUCCACCACCACGGCCACAGCUGCCUGAGACUGAGGGUCUUCGUCUGCUGCUCCACUGCCUCUCAGGCAGAAGACGACUCCAGUCAAACUUCUCCCGACUACACAGUCAGGCCGAACAUCAAAAUACACAACAUUGAUGAAUUUAACCCUGAAGUUCCCAAGCUGGAGAAGAGCGUGAGCGGCAGCAGCCCGUCACGUGAUCGCCUCCUCCUCACCGUGGCAACGAUGCUCGUGCUGGCCGUCCUGUUGUCCUAGCGACCGUCGCAGGGAGCUUGUUGGGCCGUCUUUUCCAAAGGGCUUUGUAUCCCUACAAGUUGUUUUUUUUUUCUUUUGUGUAGAUGGGAUAGCUAAACGAAGCAAACGAAGAAAAGUCAAAGACAAAGAAAAAAGAAGCGAGGCCUUUUUGCUGUCAUAUUUACACCUGCAUCACAUGAAAACUACAAUAUUUCAUGCAGGUGUGGCGACCACAUGGAGAUUACAACCGAUAUUAAGAAUCCAAUUUUUCUCGUGCUGCUCUCAUUGGAUGCAGAUGAGAGAUUUUUUUGUAGCAUGAUAGAGAACAGAAAAUCUGAAGCAUAACUCUCAUCGGAUGAUGAAAGGAAGGUUUUUGUGUUGGCUUUGAAGAAGAUGACAACUUUAAACUCGAGAGUGGAUUUUUUUUUAAGGCUUUGCUGCAUCAAACCGAACUUUGAUGUGGUAAAAAAAAAAAAAAGACAAGAUGGACUUUGGAAACUGUAACAAGGCCUUUAUAUGAUUAGUGAGUAAUCAAAACGACUGUCAUUGUCCUGGACAUUGUAGAAUGUUUUCAUACUGGUGUGUGGUAGCUGCUGGUGAUAAAAGCCCAGGGAAAAGGGUGAGAAUUUAUAAGAAUAUCCAAGGGCCUUUCAGUAAUCCAUUUUCUCCAGACAUCAAAUAUGCUCUGGCUUUGUGAUAGGCACAGAUUCAAAGCCUGCUUUUCUUCGAAGGGUACCGAGUGCCCCUCAGAACUAGUCUUUUGUCUGCAUUUCCUGCCUUCGCACUGUAACAACCCGAGAAAAAUACAGACCCUGGACUAGUAAUUUGACGGCACUUAGACGCACUAGAUGUGGCAUAGACGUGUGUUUUGUUCCGCCGCAUUUACCUCCAGCAAUGGGCUUAGAAAAGUUCCAGAUGUCAAAUCUUUAAAAAAAAAAAAAAAAGAAAUAGAUGAAAAAAAAUGAGGGGGCUGGGGGGAGUCUCCUUGCAGCAAUCAGCACCGCCUCUAAUUUGCAAUUGUUCAGAAACUGUCAGCAGCAACUUGCCCUCUUUUCACUCCCAGAUUACCUGUUUUUUUUUUUUUUUUCCCCUCCACUUCAGGGGCUGGCAGCCAAUCAAGGCUGAUAGCCACUGCAGCAGUCCCAGUUACCACGGAGACGACCCCAUACAGUCGCCAAAGUGCGGCAGGUGCCUGAGGAGAAAUUAUGCUUAGAAUCUCAAUCUGUAGUCAUGGAAGAAUAGACCCAGCAUGAGCAUCCGGAUCAUACGGCGUAUUGUGAGAGCCAUUUUUAUGGAAACAACAAAGUUUUGCUCCCAAGUUUUUUAGGUAACGCUGUAUGAACCAUGGUGCUAGCAUCACAAAGCUCUUAAAGUAAUUGAAGAAAUAUUCUAACCUAAAUGAUAUGAAGAUAUUUUCUAGAUGGUAUUGUUAUCCCUGACAGAUGUAGUACUAAUCGUUAUUACCAACUUGUUUCCUCUGACUGGAACUAAAACUAACACAAUGAAGUGGCCCAGUCAGUUUUCUGACUUGAAUCUCAUAGAGAAUCUUUGGAGGAAACUAAAGAUUAGGGUGAUGGAAACAACGCCUUCACACCUUCAUUAAGUUGGAACUCAACCCAAAGAUUAAUCAUCAAAUUACAUGUGUAAACAUGCGAAAAGCUGGCAAAGCUGGCACUGAUGAGUUAAGUUACAGUAUUUUCUGCAUCCGAUCUUUUUUUAUAUGUAAAGCAUACAAGGCGCAUUGAGCAAAACAAAACAGUCAGAUAAGUCAGUCAUCUCUUACUCUGCGAUGCUCCUGACUGCUGUACCUGUAAUGUAAUGUAACUAAAACAUUUUGACAGAUCACCAUGAGCGCCGUGUACCACAUAAAAUCGCUUCGAGGUCAGUAAGCACAACCAGAAUUAAUCCAUACUAAUUCACUAGAGGGCGCUGUUUUACUCCAGCACAAUGUAUACAAGACCCUUAGGAUUGAUAGGUGCACAGUUGAUUUUUAAAAUAAAUUUAAAGGCUUUUAAGUGCUCCUUUUAGUCCAGAAAAUAUGGCACUAAUUUUCCAUUUUCUAUACCUUCUUAUCCUUAUCGCUGGGCGGGGGGUUGCUGCCAUCUCCAGUAGGAACUGGGCAAGCGGUGGGUUACUCCAGUCCAUCACUAUGGCAUGGCUGUAGUGCCAUAAUUAGAACUAUUACACAGCCAGUGGUGACUACGUCCUUGUCACAGGAGGUUAUCUCUACCCCAAAGCCAACUACUGAUCUGAUUCUUGAUAGGUCGGCAUGGUAACCGAGAGGCCAGUGCCAGUAGAGAAGGAGACUUCUCACUUAAGCUAGCUUUGAAUAGGCUUGUGACUAGUAUACCUAGGAUGGUCUCCUGCGUCUCGUACUUUUUUUUCUUUAAGGAAAACUUUAUCUAAAAAACUAGUUGAUUGCUUGGUUUCUGAUGCCUGCCUAUCAUAAAUCAGACCAGUAGCUGGAUAUGGUCACCUGUGAUGAUGGGAGUAACCACCACUGGGUGGGAAAUGGUCUUAAUGUUGGCACUAAAACUGCACCAUACAUCACAGGGCAACGGAAGCUGUGCAAGACCAGGAUUUGAACCCAGGACCUUUUUGCUUUAAGGGAACAGUUAAAUCAACUUUUCCACCAUGCAGCCUCCUACUGCUGCUCCUGCUGCAACCACAAACCAUUGUUAAAAUUGUUAACCUUCUUUUUUACAAUGGUAUUUUGACAAAUGGAUUAUGAGCUCCAAGUCUUUAAGUUUGGAAAACCUCCUUCCCAUAACUGACCACAGACUCUCUGUCAGAUUCCACUUCAUUAACAUUAUUUCUAGUAAAAAAAAAAAAAAA